GGGUUUAUGAUCUUUUAAAUGACUACAUUACCCAUGGAGCACACCUAGUGACGCUUCUGAUUAAAGCCACUCACGGCCACUAGGAUCAUCUUCCUCUCUGAUUGGACAAAAACAGUGACGACUUCAUUCAUGCGACAAGCCAUGUGUUCAGACCUGCUUGGGAAACGUAGCUGCUGUCACUUUCUAUGAAUAACAGAUGAUCUAUAACAACACAGUUGAGAAGGUUAUACCAUAUACAAAGUAAAAAGAAACAUGCUGGAAGACAAAGAAGCCAAAGACCUUCUCAAUUUUCUUACUCUGGAAAUGCGCCCUGAUUUAAAAGGACAAGCAACUGGGUAUAUUCUUGGCCUUACAGGCAGCAAAGAUGGCUGCAAGUGUCUCGGCAACAAACCCGAAUUUAUAAAAGCACUCUUGACUUUGACAUCAGAUACAUCUAUUGCAGUUGUGAAGGACUGUUACAACGCCCUCAUUAACUUGUCUGCAGAUGAAACGGUGCACCACUCACUACUGAAAGAGUCCACCUUGCUUUCCACAUUGCUUGGUCACCUUCUGGAUCCUGGCUACAUUUUUGCAGAUCAGAUUUGUACUAUUUUGACCAACCUUUCACGAAAUGAAAAGACAUGUAUGGAUGUUUUUCGGGUAAUCCAGGAUGAAGUAGGACUGGCAAAAAUUGUAGAGGUUUUCUGUACAGAAGGAUACAAUAAAAAUGCCUCACUGCAUUACCUAGGACCCCUUCUUUCCAAUCUGACACAGCUUCCCGUGGCCAGACAUUUCAUACUGGAUAAAGACAGAUGUGUAAUUCAGAGACUUCUUUCAUACACACAGUAUGAAAGUUCCACUAUCCGUCGAGGAGGAGUUGUGGGUACACUCAGAAAUUGCUGCUUUGAAUACUCAUAUCAUGAAUGGCUACUGGGUGAUAAAGUGGAUAUUCUCCCCUGUUUGUUAUUACCUCUUGCUGGUCCAGAGGAACUCUCUGAAGAGGAAAAUGAAAAUCUUCCUGUAGACCUGCAGUAUCUGCCUGAAGAUAAGAAGCGAGAAAAGGACCCAGAUAUCCGGAAAAUGCUGUUAGAAACUAUAAUGCUACUUACAGCCACUAAAAAUGGUCGUGAUAUUGUAAAGAAAAAAAAUUCUUAUCCAAUCAUGAGGGAGUUCCAUAAAUGGGAGAAGGAGCCUGAUGUGAUUGCUUCCUGUGAGAAGUUAGUUCAGGUCCUUAUUGGGGAUGACCCAGAGCCAGGAAUGGAGAAUCUUUUGGAGGUUGACAUUCCAAAGGAGAUUGAGGAAAAACUGCAAGUUUUGGAUGAGCAAGAACAGAGACAGAUUGCGAAAGAGAAAGAGGAACUUCAAAAAAGGGAAGAGGACAGUAAAUCAAAUGAAUCAUUACAGCCUUGAGUGAUCAAUAAGCUUGUUUUCUGAAAAUAUUUUGGUUAAAUUAAGUUUACAAAUCUAUCUGCCUGCAAUCAUAAUAAAAUAAAAAUAUGUUGGAAA